AUAAACGCAAUAAUAUUUUAGUAUUUGGACUCCCUGUGGCGUCGCACGUACAAAAUCUGUAAGAUUGUAAUCUAUUCAGUCAUUGAAAAUAACCUUGACCUUACAAACUCAUACAAUGUAAGUAUCUUUCAUGUGUUCUUUGCAGACAAAAUAUGAUUAUUCUGGUAGCGGCUUUGAMUGACUUUGAUUGAUUUUUCCCAAACCAACCACAUUUUAUCUACUUUAAGUGUAAAGUAACCGAUUGUCCUCAUAGUACAAAAAACGCCUACAUACUACAUACUGGGUAAUAUUUUGACUGAUUGGAUUGAACCGUUGGGUCAUUUUGCAUAUGCGUCAUAUCCCAAUCCAAUUCAUACUGGUAGUGUAUGAAACACCCGAAAGUCCAGAGGAUUCAGAAAAAGAGUGGUCACAAAUCAAAGAAUGACGGCUCUACAUUCGAUUGUUAUUACUGUAGCUACUGUGUUAUUAUGUGUAACCGUUGUAAAGUGUUUGGUCAUUAGGAAGACAUAUAAAGAUGAUGGCAAUUAUCAAGAUACAAUAAUGGACCAAAUCAGUAAAGUAAAUGAAAUGACUAAUAAUGUUGAAUAUGAAGCCGACAUAGCUCUAACUGAACGAGAUGUAUCAUUUGUGCAUGAAGUAAAGAGGAAGAAACGAAAUGCAGUACGGCAGCGGAAAAAGUUAUGGCCGAAGAGAAUUGUUCCUUAUGAAAUAUCAUCAGGGAUGGAAGCCUACGUUGAUAACAUUCUAGAAGCAAUUAAAGAGUUCCACAGACACACUUGUAUAAGAUUCGUCCAGAAAACAAACGAAAGAAACUGGUUGAAAUUUACACAAGACAAAGGAUGUUGGUCGUACAUUGGGAGAAUUUACUGGCGUAAAGGAGCUCAGAAGUUAUCUCUUGGUAAACGAUGCAACACCAAGGGAAUUAUUAUGCAUGAAAUGAUGCAUGGUGUUGGAUUCUGGCAUGAGCAAAGUCGUCCAGAUCGCAACAAAUUCGUAGAAAUUUUGUGGGAAAACAUUCAGGAUAGGAUGGAUACGCAGUUUAACAAAUACAAAGCUAAUAAAGUCGACAACCUUGGAUUUACUUACGAUUAUCAAAGCAUAAUGCAUUAUGGGAAAAAGACAUUCUCAAGAAAUGGUCUCCCAACGAUACGAGCCUUACAUAAUCCWAGCAUGCCUCUCGGUCGCAUUGAUGGCUUUAGUCCUAUGGAUAUUCAGAAGAUGAACAACCUCUAUGAAUGCUCACAAAGCAAAACAGAAGGUUGGAGUGAAUGGAGUAGAUUCAGUUCUUGCAACAUUAGGUGUGUCAAAAGCCGCCAAAGAAUCUGUUUUUCUUCCGAAGAUGGAUCAUGUCCAGGGUCUGAUUCAAGCAGAGUUCAAACUCAAAGAAGGCGAUGCUCACACAAAGAGUGCAAUUCUCCUAUCGAUGGUCAGUGGGCGAGAUGGGGGAAAUGGAAACCUUGUAACAAGGACUGCGGAUAUGGCAUUCAAGAACGCCAACGCAUUUGCAUGGAGCCCAAACCAAAAAAUGGCGGAAAAGACUGCAUUGGUGCCAACACACAGAAACGAAUGUGUAACAUGGUAUCRUGCCCUACAGACAAAGAAAAGUGCAACUUCGAAAAAGAUUUCUGCCAGUGGGAAAACAGUUGGAGUACGGCCGUGACCUUUCACUGGAGGAGACAUCAUGGAAAAACUCCCAGUCGAAACACCGGACCAAUGGGAGACCACACUUCCGGAAGUGGAUACUAUGCUUACCUAGAGACCAGYUGGCCAGCAAGACAUGGUUACACGUCUACUCUAUCAAGUAGAUGGCACAAGGCAUCUGAUGCACGUUGUCUUACCUUCUGGUACAGUAUGCAUGGUCGUUCAGUAGGGUCCUUGAGGGUUUACAUUACUGAUGAUCUCUCCGUGAAGAGGUUGUUGUGGUUGAGAUCUGGGCAGCAAGGUUAUGCAUGGAAAAAGUCUUCUAUUGAGAUAUCGUCAACUUCUAAAUACAAGGUGAUGUUUGAGGGUGUUCGAGGAAACGGCUACACGGGGGACAUCGCACUAGAUGACAUUUCUUUCAUYAAUGGAAAAUGCGACGAGCCUCACUCUAUGUACAGACACAUGAAGAUUAUACGCUAGUUCAUUAACGUUCACCGUAUUCUCCAAAUUAGGCAAUUAGGUACUAAACCGCUAUCUUUAUUCUUACGAUCCUUGUUUUCUAUCAUUGAUAAAACCAUACACCUACGUAACACUAACAUAUUGCUCAAUCAGAUUUACUUUACAAUAUUACAUUGAUAGGUCCGUAAACAUACAAUGUGCAUAAUCAAGGAUGUUUGCACCUUUUUAUAGAGAACCGUCAUUUUACAUUUUACUAUUUUCACUCUUUUUACAUUCGAAAUUUAUUUGUUAAGGUUUCAUAUAAAAAUAAUAUAUAUCCCAUAUUUCAUAUAAAUAUUACUACAUAUUUUUUAUAAAUAUAGUUUUUUUUUGUAAAAAUGUCUCAUUGGGGUCGAUAAUAGGGCCUGUAUCGGAACUGUACAAAUUUAAUUAGCUUUUCUAUACCUUGAAUUUCUGUUCGAAUUACGCUUCUUUAAUUGAAAAUUCGUAUUUAUUUGAGAGGGGCUGGUCGGCCGGUAUUUUUAAGCUACUGAGUUUAGCCACAACAAAAAGAACGAAAUCAAACAAGUCCAAGGUAAAGUCACUAUUGUUUAUGACCGUCAAACUAAUAAUACCAAUUUUACAAGAGUGAUUUCGCAUAGCACAUUUUAUAUGAUGAUUUGAAGUAGCCAGUAGCCUGCAUAUAAGUCGAUUGUUAUAAWUGAACUGAAAAUAAAGGAAUUAGCACUAAGUUGUUACCAUUUUGUACCAUAUGACGUCAUGGAUUAACUGCGUCAGCCCUAUCAUUUGAAACGUUAACGGGCUCAAUGAAGUCACAUUUGUUUCUCGUGAAAUUCAUAAAUAAUUGUUGUGGAAGAAGCCACUGAACCAAUUCUAUUUAGUACCUGAGUGAAAAUAACUAAUAACAAUGUGCUAAACCCUUUAUCAGCGUCUCUUGGUUCAAACAUCUAAGUCAAUUGUACAGUGUUCUCUGUUUGCCUAAAGUCAUGGCAUGCAAUUAUCAGAAAUCAAAGAGCCUCUUUACACGCUCUAAAAUAAGAAUUAAAGCAAAUCAAAAGAACUUCUUGUUGCGCCAAUCCCCACCAUUCAUAUUCAAUAGUCAAUAUUCAUAAUUAUAAUAAUUAGUGGAAUACCACUAGUUUUAAGUUUAGUGUAGACUCAGACACAAGCUGCUGAUGGGAGUCUUAGGUCCUGUCUAUAUGAAGCGGGAUGGUCCGGUUAAACGCCCAAUUUUCUUCCUACGGGACCAAAAAAAGAAAAUUAGUCCGGUCAAACGGGCUAGCUCACUUCAUAUAAUCAGCCCCUUAGUCUCCCGACUGAACUAGGUGCACCUAGUACGAAGGGUGAGUUAUACAGUCACUGAAUUUAGUAUGGAUUUUAUUCACUAGACAGCGCUAUUCAAGCGUAAAGGCCGCUCGUACGGAAGUCGGAAUUAGUUAGCUGGUUUAGGUUGUUUCUAGGUGGUUUUUUUUUUUUUGUAUUUUGUUUGGUUGUCGUUUGAGUGUCGAAAUGAUCGUAAAGCUCAUAUAUUACAAAUACCAGAAUGCUUUGCCGACUUUCUGUGGCAAUGUGGCCACGUUUGUGUUACUAUAAUCUCCAAACGAAAGAACAAUUUCAAUUAUAUACAGUCAACUCUCGCCUGCGGACACCCGCUACAACGRACACCUCGAUAUUGUGGAAAAUAACGAGAAAUGACUGAAAGUAACCCUCGUUGAUGCGGACUCUCGCUACUGCGGACACUAAGUUWCGGUCCCGAGGGUGUCCGUAAUAGCGAGAGUUGACUGUAUAAGUAAAGAAGAUACUUUAGGGUUUUUAAGUUACAGUUUUGCCUAUAAAAUCUUGUUUCUUUUUUUAAUGUAGUUUUUGAGUGUUGUUACUUCCGUGGGAGAUGCGAARGAUAUUUAUUUGAGUUGUGUACAUGUCAAAAUUAUUUAUGUAUAUUCAAAUAAAAAUUUUAUGUUUUUA